CGAGCAGGGUGGCGCAAGUGGUGCACCGUGACUGUACAUAAAGACCAUAGUUUUCAACUGAGCUCUUCGUCCUUAGCUUGAAGCAGGAUAACACAUUCUUUUCUCAUUUUCAAAACCCACUGCACUCUCUCUCACUUCGAUCCCUUCGCGUCAAGUAUUUUUCGAAUUCAAAUUUGGAUUAAAUCGACUUUAAUCCCCAAAUACAAUGAAAUUCACGAAUACUCUCUUCGCCGCUGGCGCAUUUAUUGUUUCUGUCUCUUCCAUGCCCGUUCGACGUGAUGUCGAUCCCAACUUGAUUCCCCAGUUUGGACUCGCGGCUGGCAUAAAUCCAGACGGCACAGGAAAUUGUGAUGGAGUUGACGGACCAAACGGUCAACCCAUCUUGAUCCCUUGUUCUUGUCCUCCCAACCGCGACACUUUCAUCACCGACCUUAACGCCAAUGUUGCAGCAGGCCACGCUGUGAACAACCCGAGCGUUGCAGUUUCUUUUCCUUCAGAUAACUCGCAAGCGUCUCAACUUGCCCGCAUUGACGCCGCACUCGUCACACUACAGAAUUUGAACGGAGCCGGAGUCGGAUGCCCCGCUUCAUCUACUACCUUUGUAGCGCAGCAGGCAGCUAUUCAAGCUGGUACAAGUGAUGUUGCCGCUGCGUCAACAUCUGGCGUAGCUGCUGCUGCUCCUACUUCUGCUGCUGCCACUGCUAGUUCCACCGCUCCAGCUACCGGUGGUGUAGAUGCUUCACUCGUUCCCGAAUUCGGCGUUACAGCAGGCCAAAGCCCGGAUGGUACUGGAAACUGCAUCGGAAUUAAUAACAUUAAAAUCCCUUGUAGCUGCCCUCCGGACCGGGACACAUUCAUCGCCGUAAGUACUGAGAUCCCGUAUUCCCUCAGCUCUGAUGUUCCUCCAUCAUUUAGGACUUGAACGCCAACGUUGCCGCUGGACAUGCCACCAAUAACCCUAGUGUCUCCUUGUCAUUCCCUACUGGUAACACCAAUGCAGACGCAGCAGCCCGUAUUGAAGCCUCUAUCGUGACCUUGCAAAACUUGAACGGACCCGGUGUAGGUUGUCCAGCGGCCUCCA